GCCGAUGAGAUGAAAAAUAUUCUAAAAGAAAAAGGAUCAUUAUUGACGUUAACAUUAUUGUUGUCGUCGUGUGUUCACUUUAUUUGAACAUGAACAUUGUUAUUUUAACUUUUAAUUGAAUCCCAGAUUAAAAUCACAUACUCUUAUUUAUAAAUUAUUUGACAUGUUGGUCUGUUAAUAACUUGAGAGUGUUCAAAUUGUUGAUACGUGAUUUUGUGCAUGUUUUACACACUGGGUAUUGCUCAGUUAUUGAUUGAUUAUCAAGACAAAUGCAGCAAAUAUGGCAAUGUCUAUUAAAAUAACUACAUAACAGAAGCAGUUGACAAAAUGAUUUUGAAUAGAUUGUUAAAAAUUUGUCAUAUGUCAUUUAUGUGAACCUUGGUCCAGCUUGAGCUUGAUGUCACAGUGGGCCAGGCACAUUUACAUGAUUUAGUAGUUUUCACAUUAGUAGGCUGACUGAGAAUAUGUUUAAAAUAUAACCAUGUGCGUUGGAUCCCAGUAAAUAUAUUCUCUAUAUUUGUGCGAUAUUGUAAAUUUACUAUUAAAAUUACAAGAGUGGAAUGGAUGUUGCCUGUAUCUACUGAAUGUAUGCAAUAUAUUCAGUAGUGAUGAGUUACAGUACGGUGCAUCAUGGAUGAGAAGUCACUAAAUGAACUGCUAGAAUGUUCUGUGUGUUUGGAUAGACUUGAUCACACAAGCAAAGUGUUGCCAUGUCAGCACACAUUUUGUCGACGAUGUCUAGAAGAGAUUGUUAGUACAAAGCGUGAGUUAAGAUGUCCUGAAUGCAGAACUGUUGUUACUAUCAGAGUUGAUGAUCUCCCACCAAAUAUACUAUUAAUACGGCUACUAGAAGGACUCAAAACUCAAGAGCAUCUUCUAGGACAAAAGUCUGGCAGCCCACAGUCGAGUCAUCAAGGACUUGAUAUACCUGCUAACAGUGUGCCUGUUACCUCCAUACAGUCACAUCAGCCAAGACAGAUAUCACAACCAUGUGCCAAAGCCUUAUUUAAUUAUGAAGCAAAAGAAAGUGGAGAUCUCUCAUUUAAAAAGAAUGACAUAGUUAUUCUGCGGAAACAGAUUGAUGAAAAUUGGUUUCAUGGGGAACUUAAUGGUCAACAUGGAUUCUUUCCUGCGACUUACGUUCUGGUGUUAGUUCCUCUUCCACAAGUUCCACAAUGUCAGGCACUCUUUGACUUUGAUCUCAAAGAUGAAAAAGAAAAGGAUUGUCUUGCUUUUCAAAAGGAUGAAAAAUUAACAGUGAUACGAAAGGUUGAUGACAACUGGAUUGAAGGUCGGAAAGGAGACAAGAUUGGAAUUUUUCCAAUUACCUUUGUUAAGCUGAAUGAUGCUGCUAAAAGCUUGCUGAACACACAAUCAAAUGUUGGCCUAAUACAGUCAAGUAGUCAGCCAGCGAACAGCAGUGCGGAACGCAGUCAGCGAGGUGAAGGUCACAGAGUCCCCAUGCCACCAUCAUCAUCAUCAUCACCAUCACCUUCAAAUUCAUCUCUCCUUGCUUCGCGCACAGCUCAGCAGAAACGACACUCAUUUACACCAGUAUCGGAGAAAACACCAUCACCAACCAAUCAGACUCAACGUAGGUCAUUGGAACUGAGCAGUUCAGGAGCAUUUAGCAUCGUGACGACGUCAAGUCCGUCUGUGUCUCCGAUCACCACAUCAACAACUAGUGCACCAGCUUCUGUUGCUGCUACAACAAGUCAAAAAUCUGUCUCUACUCAGGCUGCGACUCUACCUGAUCUGCUGACCGGCAGUGCUGCAGGGUCUGAUAACACUUGUGUUGUCUCAAGUAGUCUCACAACUCCAGUAUACAUGGCGAUGUACAACUAUAAGCCUCAGAAGGACGAUGAAGUGGAGCUCAGAAAGGGAGACUACUACACAGUGACUGAGAAGUGCCAGGAUGGAUGGUUCAAGGGCCAGUGUCUCAAGAGCGGCAAUAUUGGUGUCUACCCUGGAAACUAUGUCCAGAUGAUCAGACACUCCAGUGCAUUUAAGCCAGUUAAUCCCAAUGUGUUAAAUAUUCGUGCUAAGGGUCCCCUGUCCCCACCUCCAUCUCUGACGGCAAUUACAACUUCAAGUAUCCAGUCCACUGGCAUGCCAUCCAGUACUGACAUUCUCUCUUCCAACACGGCUUUGCAGCUGGCAUCAUCAAGUCAGGCACCGCCACUUAUGCCUCGUGCUUCAAAAACACGGACUACAAGUCCAUCAUCAUCUGCAUCAAAAUCUUCGAAAUCAUCCUCAUUAUUGCACGGGGCCAUCAUAUCUUCACGGUUACCGGCGGCACUGCCAACAAGUUCCAGUGUUCCGUCAAAAUCCUCUUCCAGUCACGGCCACUCUAAAAACAGCCACUUGCACUCAGGGGCCAGUGGGCAUGUGUCUCGCCGAAGUAACCACCAUUCUGGAGGCAGUGCUGCAGCAACAUCAACUUCAGGUGGUCAGGGUUGGAGCGCAAACUUGGCUGCAGUCCAACACACUAUGUCGACAACAUCAAACAUCACACCACCAAAUGUGGUGCUCGGUGCCACGGGGGACAAUGUGUCGUCGCAUUCAAAAGAAAAGAAGGAGAAGAAGGAUAAAGAGAAGAAGAGUUUGGUGAAGCUGCUGGCAGGGAAAGCUAAGAAGUCGAAAUCACCGGGUGGAGACAUUGAUGCCUUGACUGAUGUAUCGGUCAGUCAUGUCAGGUCUGGGUCAUACCCAUCUGAUGCUGGUGCUGGAGCACAGGGUGAUAGUCCACACAAAAAGACUGGAUCUUUUGACUCUUCGUCUUCGCCACCACAGUCGGCCAAACCCAUGAGGCCGAAACCUCUUCAGAGAGAAAAGUAUCGUUGUAUUGUGCCAUAUCCUCCACACAGUGACCACGAACUAGAACUACAGACGGGAGAUCUGGUGUACGUACACAAGAAACGGGAAGAUGGCUGGUUUAAAGGAACGCUGGUACGGAGCGGGAAGACUGGACUCUUUCCGGGAAGCUUUGUCGAGAAGAUGGAGUAGAUUCUCGUUUGAUUUGAAAAUACUCAGAAUGGCAUCAGGCACAUUCUCAGUGCAUUUUUUUGUUAAGCUGUAAAAAUAUCUAGAAAAUUGAAAGGGGCUGUGCCCAGACAAAAUAGAGAGGGUGAGCUGAUGUAGAAAGGGAAUAAAAGUAUUAAUAGUACAACAUGGUUUCGAGGAAUUGAAAAAGGUAGGUGACCAUUGUCAGUGCCUAAGUCUGACAAAGUACUGAGUGGAAAUGGAAGAAUGAUAAGUCCAUAAUUCCAAUAAAGUAUAUUUCUUAGUUCCUGAAUUUUUUUAGCUAAUUAUAAUUAUGAUGAAUUUCAAAAUCAAAGGUUUAUUUUAAGGAAUACUUUUGCAUAUGAUCAAAAAUCUUCUUCAAAUAAUAUAAAGUUUCAUACAGCCAAUUAGUUAUGUUAUACUGAAGUCAGUGGUGGCAUGAUGCUUUAUAUUAGUUUUGAUGUAAAAAUUGCAUUGACAGUUCUUUGCUAUAUUGAUUCACACAUGAAAUCACUUUAAAAAAAAAUUGUGCUUUGAUGGAACGUAUACUGUUUAUCAUUAAAAAUUAGGUUAAGAAUAUCUUCAUUUUAUCACUCCUUAAUGUAAAUUUAAUGGUUUGUUAACAUGAAUAAUUUAACAGCUUGUUGAGAUGCUAAGUACCUGUUCAGAUUUUUACUGAGGUGUUAAGAUUUCAAACUAUUCAUCAAAGUAUCUGAAAAUAAUGGACAAAACUUGUUUUGGUGUAUUUUAGGGCCUGGUUUUACGAAGCGAUCUUAGUGUUAAGAUCAUCUUAAGUGCAUUAGUUAGUUAUGCAUGUACGGUGAUAUUAGAUUGCUUCGUAAAACAGAGCUCAGAUGGAUUUAAUGAAUGUGGUCUUUUUAUGGCAUUGGCCACAGUCCCAUACCUCACAUCUAUACCACACUCUGUCAUGUUUCUUUCCUUCUGUCUCAUGUUGCCAUACAUCACUGUGUUCAUGGGAAUGUUUAAUUACACGUUCAGUACUAUCAGUAUGGAGUUUCUGUACUUGUGAACAUAGAGAACUAAAGUAAUUUAGUAUCGUGGAAACUAUAGGAAAAAGCUAGAUCAUACCCGUAUCCUGAGGACUCCUUAUUUUCCACACCUUAAAUUAGGUGUUUGGUAAAUUAAUUCCAUCCUGUCGAUGCUUUUGUUACAUCCAUGACUUUGUGCAAUUGAGAACACUGUAUUUUUUUCUCACGUGUUUAAUAGGCAACUUGAAGCAUGAAUUUUUUAGAUAAAUGUUAAAUAAUCAUAUUCAGUACCAGUUGUUAAAGUGUAUUUACUGUACUUUGUUGUGAAAAGAACAUAAGUGGGUUAUCAUUAUUAAUUUGGAUAUUAAUAGCAGACAUAUGGGGGCAUUUCAUGUCAAAUCAAUCACUUGUAGGAUACCCUGUCACAGAUUUUUAAUGAAAUUGUUAUUCUUAUAGUAGUUAGCGAGGAUACCUUUGAACCAUAAUUUUAGACUUCUAAGUCAACUAUUUUUUGAGAUACAGGUAGUUGAAUUCGACCGUGUUAAGAAAACCACCUAUUUUCAAAAGGUUGUAACACACACAUUAAUAUAAAGUUAAGAAAAAAAAUCAAAUUUGUUUUUAAAGGUCUUGAAGCAUUAAAUUGGUUUUAUUGUAUGCCAAACAUUUUUAAAAAAUCAACCCUGAGAAACAUAGUUCAACUUGACCUUGACCCCCAAAAUAUAUCACAAAUUUUUCUCAAAACUUGCUGGGUAUACCCUGGUAUAUUGUAAAAGAUGAUUUAAAAAUUUCAAGUUGUACAACCCAUAACAGAGAGGGUUAUCGGUGUUCUCAGAGCAGCGAGAACACUGGUUAUAUUACAUUGUGUGAGACGGUGUGUCAGCCUUACGGUCACUCUUCAAUAGUUUACUUUAUCUUGAAUGAUAUACAAUCAAACCUAUCUUAAGCAGCCAAACAAAGUGGCUGCUUAAAAUAGGUAGUUGCUGAAUACAAGCUGUCACUUAACUGUCUUGAAAAAGGUUUGUUGCUGUUUUUCUUUUCUAUUUUGACCAUCUGUAAAUCAACAUUUGACAUCUUGCCAUAUUCAGAAAUAAUGAAAUGUAACUGGAAAGUAUCUAUUUAACUGUAUUUAAUGUGUAUUGGUCUCAAUACCUGUCAUUUUGGUGGUAUCAGAUUAAGAAAUUUGUUGCAGCUUUUAUAUUGCCCUACACAGCCAGCCGCGAAGUAAAAAAAAAAUUCUUCUUCACUUGUUCAUGAUAGUAGCAGACAAAUGAGUGCAUGAUUACCUGAAAAUUGUUCCAAUAAAAGGAUUGUACAUCUUCUUGCAGCAUGAAAGAAUAAUUCUCUGCAAAAUCCCCAAUGAUCACAACUUGAUUAGGCUUCAACAAUUCAUGAAUAUCUCUAAACUAUUCUGUCUGUGAACUGGUUGAUAAAGUCACGGCGUAGAAGACAAAGAUGACUGAUGAAUUCAUCACAACUAUUCUUCAUUGUGUCUAGUGUUGACCAGUUUGUUGAUAACCAUUUCUUGAACUGAGCAAUGUCAAUCAUGUGCCAAUCAAAUACCUCCCACAGUCUUUCAUCUAAAACUGAUGUAUCUGCAGACCCAUUGCAUUUCUGAAGAAAAGAGGCUUACAGCAAAGUUGUUCAAGACGGUGACUAAUGUUUGAAAGGGCUGUUACUAUUUUCUAUAGGCUGUGCUAUCUUUGAGCUAAUAGGUAUUAGUGUAGCAUUUUGAUGAAUGGUGCAAACACAGACAGAGCUACUUUUAGAUGAUCCAGAUUUGGACACAAUUCAGCAAAUUUACUGAGUUUCAACUUUCACUGUGGGAUUUUCUUCUUUGAAAUGGUGACACGUUGCUUUCAAAUUACAAAGGAUAAUAUGCUUUUGCAAGCAUUGUCUUUUGUCAUUCACAAUCACUUGACACAUACCGGUUGUCUUUUGUACCAGGCAUUACUUGGCUUGUGUCUUCAUUCACAUAAAAUGUUUUUAUUAACUUCACUGUUUCUUCACUGAAAUAUUUUUGGGAUUUGGAUCACCUAGAAUACCCUUCUACUGAACUAACUGGUUUUCUGUCUGUGCUAUAAAAUAUGUUUUAAAAACAUUUGCUGUUUUCCUGAUUCUCCCACUCUUUAAAACAAGUGUCUGCAAUGACAUUUUCACAUCUUUUUUCUGAUGUGUGAAAUGUUUUCUUCAGUUGUGUAAUAAUUUCCUGAAAGUAUUCAAGUGAUAUAUGAGGUGUUUUACACAUCAGUUAUUCUUCAAUGUAGUCUCUUCAUUUUUCAUUUUUAUUAUACAAUAUUUUUAUCACAAUAUUUUUGUAUUUUUUUUAAAGAGGAUUCACCAAUAAUAGACGGUGACUUAUUAAUGUAUAAAGUUCAUGACUUUCUUUAGCAGAACACUCACUAUCAUUAUAAUUUAAUGCUGUGCUGGGACCAGGUGUCAUACAAAGUUUGGGUGUUCAAGUUGUUUUUGAUAGUACCUCAAGUGCUUGCCUGUAUAGUUUGUACUGUUUUAUAAACACCAAACGUGGAUUCUUGUUAGUAAGUUCUUCUCUUUAAUCUCUUACGUUUUUCCUUUUUGUAAUUCUGGGAUGAAUUUAAUGGAUCAGCACACUUUCUACCUGUAUUAAAGUCUUUUAGAGAAGACAUGCACUAAGCAGACAGUCUUCACAAUUACACCAGUUACAUUCAUUAAAUUUUUUGAAAAACAUCAGUUACAAUAUAUUUUGGGAAGUCAUGGUCAAAGAUUAAUGUUAAACUAUUACUUUGCAGGGUUAACAUUUGAAUGUUUGGCUAUAAUAACAUUUAUUUGACCAUUCAAGACCUACAAAAAAAGCAUUAAAAAAAAAGUCUCAAACAUAAGUAAUAAAAAUGUUGCAGCUUUUAGAGAUGAGUGGUAUCCUUAAUGAAAACCAUAAGUUCAAACACCUGUAUCUCAGAUAUUUUCCCAAUGACUAUUAUAUUGAUUUCAUUUGAAAUAUGAGAGGACGACUUCUGAAAGUAAUUGAUUUUGACCAGGAAUGUCCCUAUACAGAUUGAUAUGACUUGGCAUAAGUGAUUGAGUAACUUACCUGUUAAAGUUGUUGAACACUUUGCUUUAUGAAGUGUAGACACAGGCUAUGUUUUGUAUAAUGAAUCGGUCGUUGUAUGUUUUUAUGAGCAUGUAUUAAAUAAAAGAAUUUCAGACAAUCAUUACUGUUGCUGCAUUUGCAUCAGAAAGUUGCUUUUAGAAUCGGUAUCUAAUUGUCAUUGUUAUUAAAGCUCAAAGUCAUACGGUUAAUAUGUGUAAUUUAUAUGUACGUGGAUUCCACCGCUACACUAAAUGUAUCAUUCUGCUUUUAUAAAAUUAAAUGCUUGUGCAUGAAAACUGAUGCUGUCAAAUUAUUCCCAUACUUUUUUCAAUAAUGUUUUUAAUUUAUCCAGGGCUUGUAGAAUUUUUAUAAAAUCCAUUAGCCAUGGGAUCAGUGAUUUAAAAAAUUUACUAGCCAUGAUUUCAAAUUCACUAGCCCUACUUUAAGUUAAUACAAUUUUACUAAUAGUAAUAAUCAGAUACGUCACCUAAAGAACUUUAAAAACAUUAAGAUUGGGGGAUGGGGUUUGGGUGAGGCUGGAGGCAGGAUAUUCAUAUUUACAAAAUACUUAAAUGCAGCAUUUGAAAAAAAACAAUUCACUAGCUGUUGGGCAUGGCAAUAGUAGUUAUUUACUAGCCCAACAUUGAAUAUCACUAGCCAUGGGAGUGGGGCUACCAUAAUCUAGAAGCCCUGAUUUAUCUUUGUUCAAGUAACGCUCUUCAUUAGGUAACAAACUAUUUGGGGUUUUUAACUUCAAUUAGAGCUUAAAAGCAAAUCAUUUUCUGAAGCAGUAUAAUAGUCAUCAUACAUUUAGUACUGGUUCAAUGCUUUGUAAACAAAAUUUAAAAUAAGCAAUAGGUUUCUUAAUGCUAAUUGAAUUGUUAUCUAAGUGUUCUACCACACAAAUAUUUGAUUACUAGAUGAGCAGAAUCAUUAAACAGUUCUACCUCAUACAAUCUUGAAACACAAUUCAUUAAUUUUAUUUCAGGUUAAAAUUUAAUCACAUAGCAGCUAGCUAAUAAGUUAACUAAGCCCAGUAGCACUUGAUGUAAAUUUCAAAAUCAUAUUUGUAAUGUUAUAUUAUAGAUGUAUGAUGUGCUUUUUAAAUAUGUCAGCAGAUGAGUGUUGCAUGUUUUGCUUCAAAUAAAAUUAAGAAAAGCUCUCGUCUACAGUAUCUUAUAUGGGUUUUAUUAUUUUUAUUAUUAUUAUUAUUAUUAUUAUUAUUAUUAUUUAUUUUAUAAUUAAAAACUACACAUUGUUGAUAAAUGAUAUCACUUGGAAUUUGAAAUUCAUCCUUGUUACUGGUAAAAUAAAUUACCGUAACCUAAAGUUGAUCUUCAUUAUUAAAAUAAAAUACAUCAACUGAAUCUAACGUAUUUGCCUGUACCUAAAUUUGAUCUUAGUUAUAUUACUUGAUUCUCAAAUUUGUUUUAAUUAUUAAUAAAAGAUUCUGGAAAUCAUCUUGAACUAAAUUUGUUCUUAAUUAUUAAUAAAAUUAUCAUUUCAAUCUGAAAAUUAUAUUAAUUAUUAAUUUUAAAAAUCUCCUAGAUCAGAAAAUUAUUUUGUUUUGUUAAGAAGUAUCAGGGUAUGUAAUUGUUCUGAGAAUAUAAUUAUUUCUUGUUGAAAAUUUAACAAAAACACAAAAUGUAAUGUGAUUCAAAAAUGAAUCAAAAUGUGCUGCACUGUUUUUAUGUUUAAUUGUACUGCCAUAAACUCAUAUAUUAUAUAUAUUGAUAAAACUAUAGAUGUUAUAGCUGCUUACACAAUCUCGGUUUGUAGUUGGAUUUAAUUUGAAAGAUGUUUUACUGUAGUCAACAGUCAUUUAAAAUGUAUGUUUUUGGGGGGUUAUAUGCAAAAUUGAAACAUACUGUUACUUGGGUGAAGUAAUAUUACUGCUCUUGUUGCCUUAUAUUUCAGAUUGACAAUGUAACGGCUCCAGUAGCCACCUUAGAUAAACAAAAAGAGCUGACACUACCCUUCAGAUAUUAAAUGACAUGCAUUUAGUUUGGUGGGUUAUUUGAUUGUGUUUUCAUGUGGGGGGUGUUUCCUUCUGUUUUUGCUACAAAACCUAUUUACACAGUAUGUGUUAACAAUAAUUUAAGUGCCAUAUGUAAUCUUAUUUUAACACCAUCGUUUCUUUCUAAAUGUCUACUACUACCUCCCCAAAAGUUUACCCCCACCUAUCCACCCUAUUGAAUUUCAAAAUGCCCCUGUUGGGGAAACACUGGUUUUAAAGUAUAUAUGUCUUUAAAGUAUUAAUACAUCUGGAAUGUUAUUCUGUUAGUUUUUAAAAGAAAUUAUUAUCCAGUCAUCUGAGAUAGACAUUCUGCCUAUUAUUUAAGUUGGUUGGAAUGUGUACAGUCAGAUCUGCUUAAAUGGUUACCUCUGUAAAGUGGUCACCUGUCUUACUAUUCUCCCAGAGUUCCAAUAAUAAUAUACGGUUAAGCAUUAACCAAUGAUUAGUUAUAAAGGCCACCUUUAUGUUCUCAGAAAUAAAUUGAUAAUAUAGUGUAUAUUGACCUGUAUUUAAAUUAUCACUUGUCUUAAAUGGUCACCUGUCUUAAGAAGCCGCAUUUUAAUGCUCCAUUAGGUGACUGAUCAACAGAUUUUAUAGGGUUUUUGAGGGGUUUUUUGAGGGUGGGUGGGUGUUGUUUUUUCCCCACCUGCAUAUCUUGUAUGCAAUGAAGUCAUAGUUGCAGGUUGUGCAUUUUCUUUGUGCAUGUUUAAGUGUAGCAGUUAAAAUUAGUCUAAAUGAAUUUAUUUGAAUGCUGCAGGUUGAAUGUUAAAAAAAAUAACAUUUUUGUUUUAUGCACGCUUCCUGCAUGUUUGUAUGUAUUAUAUAUGUAGUUGCCUGAAUGGUUCUUUGAAUUUAUUUAUUGAAAUAAAUAUGCAUCUCAUUUGUACACUACACAAUAUUGAACAACAGUGUAAGUCACUGUACAUUUUAUAUACACUCACCGCCAUUUUAUCACUGUACAGAUAUUGAAUAAAAUUUCAUCAAUUUU